CUCAGAUGUAUACGCGCCUUUAUGUUCUCAAAGUCUAGAUCUCAAGAAGUGCUCUUGCUUCUUUUUGCUUUACAAAAAAAGAAAAAGAAUAAAAGACGUUACUGGGUGCACGACAUUAAUAAGAAAAGAGAACAGUGUGGUGAAUACCAUCGCCUCUGUAUUGAACUGCGGUCGCAUGAGGACAAAUUCUUUCAAUAUUUCCGAAUGUCAAAGGCGUGCUUCGAAGAAUUACAUGAACUAAUAAAAGUAAAUAUUGAAAAAUGCACCACGAACUGGAGGAAACCAAUUGAUACAAGACAAAGACUGGCCAUCUGUUUGAGAUAUCUGACUACAGGCGAUAGCCAUCAGUCUAUCGCUUUUUGUUUCCGAUUAGGAUGGUCCACAGUAUCCAAAAUAGUGAAAGAUGUCUGACAAGAAAUUUGGAGGCCUCUACAACCAAUUUACUUGCCCAGACCCACCACGAAGAUGUGGAAGUAAUCUGUAGCGGGAUUCUUAGAACAUUGGGGUUUCCCGAAUUGCCUUGGAGGCAUAGACGGGAAGCAUAUUAAAUUAAAAUGCCUUCGGAAUAGUGGUUCAGCCUAUUUUUGCUACAAAAAUUAUUUCUCCAUCGUCCUCCUCGCGAUUGUUGACCCAUAUUACAAGUUUAUGGUAGUCGAUAUUGGAAAUUAUGGCCUCCAUAGCGAUAGCGCUAUUUUUGAAAAUUCAGUUUUCUAUCAACAGUUUGUUCAUGAUAAAAUUAUUCUUCCCCCAAAACCACUUCCUGGAACAGAAGUCUCCGUGCCUCAUGUAUUCGUUGGUGACGAAGGGUUUCCACUCCAAACAUAUUUAAUGAGGCCUUACCCAAAAUCUGGAGUUAUUAAUAAUGUUAGAAAGAAAACAUUCAAUCGGCAGCUCAGCAGAGCACGUCGUGUGGUUGAAAAUGCGUUCGGCAUUUUAGCUAUGAAAUGGCGACUGUUUUUAAGACCUAUAGAAACAGACGAGGGCACUGCUGACUGGAUUAUGAAAGCGGCAUGCUGUUUGCACAAUUACAUCAUAACAAAAAUCGGCAAUAGGGAAUCAGUCAUUGAAACAGACGAACAAGUAGAACCAAUACGAGCAUUAGCAGCGACAACACCGACCAACAGAAGAUCGAAUGCUGUUGCGUUUGAAGUACGAGAGCAUUUUGCUGAUUACUUUAGUAAAUAAAAUCAUAAACGUAUUUUUGUAUAUUCUUUUGUGAUAAAUAAAUAUACUUACUGCUCAG